GGCAAUGUGGCUUCCUGCAGUCGCUUGAGAAAAUUAAGAAAGCAAAGCAUGGGUAGCACAGUGAAGAUGCUGCCCUUGUUCUGGGUUGUUUUGGAUUUGGGUGUGUAUUCGCUGUCUCUGCCAGAAAUCAGUGACUCAAAGUUCAUUGAUGAAUGUGUGACGGAACACAACAUAGCGCGUUCAUCUGUCAAUCCACCUGCAACCAACAUGCUGUACAUGACAUGGGAUCAGGGCUUGGCAAUUACUGCAAGAGCAUGGGCAAGACACUGUGUGUUUGAGCACAACAUCCACCUCAAAGAUGUCCGCCGCAUGCACCCUGUCUUCCCCUCCGUAGGAGAAAACAUAUGGACGGGCUACCCACCGUCGCACUUUAACGUAUCGGUUGCCCUAAAAAGUUGGGUGAAUGAAAAAGAAUAUUACGACUACCAAACAACCAGUUGCACAAAGAUCUGUGGACACUACACACAGGCAACCAAGAAAGGGACGCCCAGAGAAGCUACAACUGGGAGCCAGACUGGGAUCCUGCCAAUACAGCCAAUGACUCCAGCUAUGUGGUUGUUCUAAUCGCCCGCCCCAUUGCCCUCAUUUUGACAUUCAUCGCAGCAUAUGCAGUUUGCUACUUUUACCCAAAUGUCUUUUGCUAUGAAUAAAAAAAUGUACUUUGACAGGAACAUUUCUCCUGUUACGGAGAGUCAGGCCAGCGAAUUUAUCCAGCAGAGCGCUUUUAUGUUUCAAAAUUCAAACAGUCAAAUCCUAGAGCACAAGGGGGCUCUAGUUUGUCGUUACCAUACUCAAAGAAGGGGAUGAGGAAUUGUGUCAUUUUGCAUAUCUUUUCAUAGAUUAUAAGAAAUGUUUGACUUUUCGUUGCAGACAUCUUUGAGAUAGCAACACAACUACUGCCAACUAAACAUGGCUUAUUACACAGAUGUAAUUAUCAGGAUGUCGUUUAGAAAUGUUCUUCUUAGGGUAAAUAAAAAUGUGGCUAUUGUGCCUUUCGGUGACUAACUUUGAACAAUGCAGACUUCAGUUACCUUAGAACCCCCAAGUUUCCAUAAGCAUGGUUCUAUUUACUGAUAGCAUGAGAAGUCUAACAAAGUCACCAAAACUCAGUAAUAAUAGCUUUUUUGGAGAUGCCAGGAUUAAUAUAAUUUAUCUUGCAGGAAAAUGAAUGUGUGAAGGGUGACUAGGGUUGCAAAAUUGACUCAGUCCAGUAAUCAAGCAAUUUCACCAUUUUGAUCUCAAUCUACUAUUCACUUCAGUAACUGAGGGGAGAAUCAUGACUUCACAAUACCAAAUGCAAGUGUAAUUCACUUACACAUGCUAAAGGUGAAGAGGUUGACGAUUUCCUCAAAACUGAUCAGAAUAAGAGAAGAAUCCUUAUGUUAUCAAAUGUAUUAUUCAAAACCUAUGUUAUGCUUAUAUUGAAGAAUGUGUAGUGUUAAGAAAACUGAACAACACAACACUGGAAUUUAAUCUUUACCGCGACCUAUAAUGCCAUAUGUGUCAUAUUUGAUGUACGUUUUGAAAAAAUAUUUUGCAUCCUAGACGUUUUGCGUAGUUUACUGAUAAAAACUUUUGAUUAAAACCCUGUUGUACACAUUCAGCUAUACCUGAUAACAGUUAGCAUAGACAACACAACAAAAAUGGGAUUUAUUGCAUGGUAAAUUAAUUAUGAAUACUCUUUUUAAAAAUCUUUUGGUCAAGGGCCAAAUAAAGACUUCAAACUAAAUAAUUUUCUCUCCAUUUU